AUGAGCACGACGGGUACCGACCUGAUUGCCGCUCGCAAAGAGCUUUGUCAGCCGCUCGCGUGCAGCGUAGAGUCUCCCAUACAGCAGGUGGAUCGGGGCACUACGGAGAUUAACAAACAGAUUUCGGGGAUCCAGGGCCAGACGUUGCAGGCUGGGGAGAGCCGUCAGAUUUUACAGGCAGCUCAUGCAGAUCUCGCGAAGCAGGCCAUGGAUAAGUUUGCAAAUCGUCGUUGUAUCCAGAGACCGGCCCUCGUGCAGGCCAUUCAGGAUCGCGAGUUUGCUGGGAGUGAGAUGAGGAAGGAUGCGAUGGG